UUUUUUUCUUUUUUUGCAAUUUAUGUAUUCAGCUCUUGCAAUUUAUUAUCUUAACUGAUCAAAUACUUGUUCAAUACAAUAUAUCGGUGGAACAAAGUUCAAUUAAAACAAAGCUAGCACCCGGAGCAAAUAGGACCAUCAUGGCAGACAACGUGCAUAAUGGGGAAUCCGAAAUAAAGCCUCGCAGCUAUCAGCUGCGUCUCGUGGAUCAUAUUACGAAGAACAAUGGGAUAAUCUACUUGCCGACCGGAUCUGGCAAGACAUACGUGGCCAUCCUGGCCCUGAAGCGAUUCUCCAAAGACAUGGACAAAUCAAUCGAGGAGGGCGGAAAACGAGCUAUAUUUAUGUGCAAUACAGUCGAGCUAGCCCGCCAGCAGGCAAUGGCCGUGAGGAAAUUCUCAAAUCUCAAAGUGGGGUUCUUUGUGGGGGAGCAGGGCGUCGACGACUGGUCGAAGAUAAAAUGGAGCCACGAAAUAAGCGAUAGCCAAGUUCUGGUGGGCACAGCCCAAGUCAUGUUGAAUAUGGUCACCCAGAAGUACUUGGAGCUGAGCUCUGUGAGCAUCGUGAUUAUAGACGAGUGCCACCAUGGCACUGGCCACCAUCCCUACCAUGAGUUCAUGCAUCUGUUUUUACUCGCUGAACGGAACACGCCACUGCCGCGCGUUGUGGGACUGACGGGUGUACUCAUUAAAGGCAACGAAUUUAAGCUGGUCGCUCAAAAGCUCAGAGAGCUGGAGACGACAUACAGAAGCAAUAUUAUCACCGUGUCCGACACGGAAGAAUUGAAAAACGUGAUGCUCUACUCUACCAAACCAAGGGAGUAUUUAGUGACUUAUCCAAACCAAGUGGGGAGCCUUCAGAUCGGGCACGCCAUACAACGAUGCAUAGAGCACUUCUACGUAAUCCUAGACGAUUUGGAGAUUGGCAAACAGCCUACGCGCUAUUCCAAGGGACUGUCGACCUUCCGCGAUCCGCACAAGAAGGGAUAUAUAAAGACUCUGCUCAACGACUUCCAGUACCAGCUGGAGCACUACGGCGUAUAUGCGGCAUCCAUGGCCAUAGUAUCGGUGAUUCUAGAGAUUGAAAUCAAGCUGCAUCAGUCGGAAACCCUUGCCCUGACCCACAUAUAUAAGUUGGCCAUCUGUCUGUGUAACCGGAUCAAUCACAUGCUAAAGAAAAAGCUUCGCGAUUUGGUCGACGAUGAUACGGAACGCGAUGACGCAGUCCACACGGAGGAAACCAUCAUAAACUUUUCGACUCCCAAGGUGCAGAGAUUUUUGCAAUACGUGCAGAAAACGUUCUCGGGCAAGGAUGCCAAGGAUAUUUGCUGCUUGGUCUUCGUUGAGCGCCGGUAUACGAGCAAAUGCAUAUACCAAGUGUUGAAGAAGUUCAUUGCGGUUAUUCCGGCGCUGCGCGAUGUUCUCGUGCCGCAGUUUAUGGUGGGCCGCAACUCAGUUUCAGCGGAUUGUGAGAGCGUCCUGGAGCGCAAGUGGCAAAAGUCGGCCAUUCACCAAUUUAGGGAUGGCGAAGCCAACCUGAUGGUCUGUUCGAGCGUUCUGGAGGAAGGCAUCGAUAUAAAGGCCUGCAAUUACGUGUUGAUCCUGGAUCCUAUAAAGACAUUCAACAUGUACGUGCAGACGAAGGGGCGGGCUCGAUCCAAGGAGGCCCACUUUGUGCUUUUUUCCUCAGAUUUGGACCGCAUGAAAAUCAACCAACAAAUCAAUCAAUAUCGCCAAGCCCAUACCGACAUCGGAGAGUAUUUAAAGGAUCGCGUCCUGGAUCGGGCCGAACCUUUGAUGCAAGAGAUAGCCGAUCACUUCCACGAAUUGAUCCCACCAUUUAUAAACGAAAAAGGUGCCGUGCUGCUGCCUAGCAGUGCCCUGAUGCUGCUCCACCGCUACUGCCAGAGCCUGCCCUCGGAUGCAUUCGGCUUUGUGGAGCCCUGGAUCACACUAAUCAGCUGGGACCAGAAGCAGAAACUCUUUGGCACACAGGCCGCAAACAAAGAAGUCGUCUCUAUCGAACUUCCACUCAGCUCGUCCGUGCGGGAUAAAAUUUAUAGCGAUCCCAUGACUUCCGUUAAGGCGGCAAAAAUAUCGGCAGCCUUUAAGACCUGCAUUAAACUGUACUCCACGGGGGAGCUCAACGAGCGUUUCCUACCCGUCACGCUUAAGGACCGGGUGACGGCGAUAGCCGACUUUCACUUUGACCACUGGAAGAAAUACAGCGACGAUGUUAUCGAUACGGUAAACAAGCAGAAACUCAAGCCGGAGACACAAACUACCUUCAAGACCUCUUGUCCGACGGAGUUCUUCGAUUGCCGGCCACGGGUGGGUGAAGUCUGUUAUGCCUAUGAGAUCAUUUUGGAGCCGCAGUUCGAGCGCAACGACUACACAGAGCACAUCCACGACAACAUGCUGUCGGGUAGGAACUUUGCGUUGCUGCUGAGGAAGCAGCUGCCACCUCUCUCGAAGAUGCCGCUGUUCUGCAAUCAGGGCCCAUUGCAUGUGCAGGUUAGGGAGCACCCGCGAGAGCUGGUUAUUGCAAGUGCGGAGCAGCUGGAGCAACUGCAUCAGUUCCAUGGAAUGCUGUUCCGCGAUCUGUUGAAGAUCUGGCGUCCCUGCUUUGUACUGGAUCGUCGAGGCAAGGACAACUCCUACCUGAUCGUGCCUCUAGCCGUGGGCGCAGAGCAUCAGAAUGUGGUGGACUGGCCGCUGGUCCAUCAGUUCCAGCGUCUGCCCACCCCGAAGCCUGUCAGUGUGAAGCAGCGCAAGGAACAGCGAGCGCCGCGUCCAGAGGACUAUGAGGGGAAAAUUGUGACUCAGUGGUAUGCCAACUUCGCGAGCAAGCGAAUGCUCGUGCACAAGGUGCGCAGAGACCUGACUCCGAGCAGCCUGAUGGGAAGCAACCACCAGAACACGAGCUAUGCCAAGUUCACCACGUCUAAGUAUGGCGAUGACAUCGGAGGAAUUGUUCGCAUGGACCAGUUCCUGAUCGAGGUGCGCGAGCUUACGGAGCAACUGAACUUCUAUGUCCAGCAGCGGGGCAAGACGUCGGCCCAGAGCAAGGCCAGGGCCAAGAUCAUCCUCAUUCCGGAGCUCUGCUUUAAUUUCGAUUUCCCCGGCGACCUCUGGAUAAAAGCAGUGUUUCUACCCAGCAUCUUGAAUCGGCUCCACUUCAUGCUGCAUGCUGAGGCAUUACGACAACGCUUCAAUACCUACCUGGGGCUGCAACAUCUGCCUCAAAAUGGAGUUGACUAUAGGCCAAAGCUCUUGGAGAUCGACUGGUCGUUGCGCCGCAAUGUGGAUACCCAUGGCAAUGCCAUUCCCAAUGAUUAUGAUGAAGGCUCACGCUCAAUUCUGGAGCCCCUACCCAUCAAAGAACUUGAGAUUGGGAUGAAGACACUGCAGAUACGCGACUUACAACAUUCGUGGCAGCAGAACCUGGAACCCGUAGACCUACCCCGGAACAUCAUGUCCGCCUAUACCGUGGAGUUGAACUAUUACAACAAUUUUAUAUCCGGCCAAGUGGCGUCUCUCGACAAAAUGGAGCAGGACGACAGGGAGCUCUGGCUGGAGACGCAGUUCAAGAUGCCUAAAGGGAACAUCUAUGAGACCAGGAGUCCAGCAAUGCCCCCUGCCGCAUGGACUGCCGUGCUCCCGCAGACCAGCUCAGCUCCCAAACCACAGUCGUUGAAUGUGUUGCCGGUUCUGAUGAAGAGCGUCUCCGAUGAUCACAUCACUCCGGCCCACCAGGGUGAGUUCCUGGCGGCCAUCACCACAGCGGGAUCGUCCGAUGUUUAUGAUAUGGAGCGAGUGGAGCUGUUGGGUGACUCGUUUCUCAAGAUGAGUGCCAGUCUUUACCUGGCCAGCAGGUAUCCCGACUGGAACGAAGGCACGCUCACGGAGGUCAAGUCGAGGCUGGUGUCCAACAAGAACCUGAUGUAUUGCCUCAGGGAGACGGAUAUUCCCAGUCGUAUUAGCUGCAGUCUGUUCGACCCCAGAUUAACGUGGCUUCCGCCCAGCAUUAAUCUGCCCGAAGAUGUCUUGGAUGUGUGGACGGAGCAGCCGAGCUUUGCCAAACUGAUUGGUCCCCAAAAUCUCUUGAAUCUGGCCCUUAGUGACGAGGAGAUUCUGGCAGGUCGUUGCAACGAGGAUACCUAUCGUCGCUUUGUGCAAGAUUGCAAGAGCAAUCAGCAAGGCUAUUAUGACGGUGGAGACUUCUCCUCCGGCGCGAACUUCUUGUUUGGUGAGGUCACUGUUCAGAACAAGGUGGUGGCUGACACUCUGGAGGCCCUUCUGGGAGUCGUUGUGAGAAACUAUGGAUUGCAACAUGGCUUCCGCAUGCUGGAAUACUUCGGCAUUUGCAAGCCGGACGUUGAUAAGCCAUUGUCGCAGCUGCUCGAUCUUCAGUUAAAGAGCACCAAGAUGCGAGCCAACGCGAGCCCUGACGAUAUUGAUGGCUUCCUGAUCAACCACUCCUAUUUAGAACAGAAUCUGGGCUACAAAUUCCGGGAUCGGGGCUACCUCUUGCAGGCCCUGACGCAUCCGUCGUUUCCCACCAAUCGCUUGACCGGCUGCUACCAGGAGCUGGAGUUCAUUGGCGAUGCCAUACUCGAUUUUCUCAUCUCUGCAUACAUUUUCGAAAACAAUACCAAGCUGCGUCCGGGCGAGCUCACGGAUCUGCGCUCGGCCUUGGUCAAUAACACGACACUGGGAUGCAUCUGCGUGCGCCACAAUCUGCACCUCUUCAUUCUGGCAGAGAACGCGUUGCUAUCUGAAACCAUCAGCAAGUUUGUGAAAUUCCAAGAGAGCCAGGGACACAGAGUCACAAAUCAUGUACGCUUUCUGCUCGAGGAGAGAGAUGUGCAGCCCGUUAUUCUGGACUUGGACGAUGAAGUGGAGAUGGCCAUGGAAAAUGAGUCGGAAGACGGUCCACGCAUCGGUGCUUUCAACUUGGCGCAAAACGUAGAUGUCCCCAAGGCUUUAGGCGAUGUCCUGGAGGCCCUUAUCGCGGCCGUCUACCUGGAUUGCCGGGAUCUGCAGACAACCUGGCAGAUGAUCUACCAUUUGUUUGAGCCCGAGCUGAAGGAAUUCUCCCAGAAUAUACCCAUCAGCCCGAUCCGUCAGCUCCAAGAGCACAAGCUGGCCAAUCCCGUCUACGGUCCGCCCCUGGUAGACAAGGACGUUGUGAUGAUGUACUGCCAGUUCACCUGCAUGGAGAAGACCAUUCGGGUCAUUGGUUUCGGCUCCAACAAGGACCAAGCCAAAUUGGCUGCUGCCAAGAGCGCUCUUCAGAAAUUGGCUAAGUGUGAUGCAUAAUCCAAAGAACUUCAUACCAUUGACCGUGACCCACAAAGUCUAAGCCUGACAUCCAUUCUGAAUACGUACAAUUCAUUUCCACGUCUGAAUGUUCAAAAUGGGUGUGAUGCUUAGACUUUUAUUGGUCACUGUAUUAUUUGUAAGCUUUUCAUGAACAAAAAAGCAUUUUUACCAAUUAGUUUAUCUUUUUAAAAAUUAUUUUAAUAUGUGCGAUUUCAUGUACCGCGUGUGCUCGUUUUAGCUAGAUUUACAAUGGGCUAGAUGGGCGGGCUACAUCGUCAACGACGUCAAUGCCAUUGUUUAUAUUUACAAUAAAGUGCAGAGUGCACUCUACAUUCA